AUUUCUUAUUUCCGAGCUGUCAAUCAUUUUUCUUCUCGUUCCCGUUAGCCCCCCACGAACUUAGGCAAAGCAGAGGCUAGAGAGAUGUCGGCGGCGGCGGCGACGAGCCGAGCGACUCGACGGAUGGGAGCCGAGGAUGAGAAGCUAGUGUUCGAAACGACGGAAGGAAUCGAGCCGAUAUUAAGUUUCGAUCAGAUGGGACUAAAAGACGAUCUCCUCCGUGGAAUCUACAAUUACGGCUUCGAAAAGCCAUCUGCUAUCCAGCAGAGAGCCGUCAUGCCGAUAAUCAAUGGCCGCGACGUCAUUGCCCAAGCUCAGUCUGGUACCGGUAAAACCUCCAUGAUUGCCCUCACCGUUUGCCAAGUGGUUGACACAGCUAGCAGAGAGGUUCAAGCAUUGAUCUUGUCACCCACGAGGGAACUGGCUUCACAAACGGAGAAAGUGAUACGGACAAUUGGUGAUUUCAUGAACAUACAAGCGCACGCAUGUAUUGGAGGCAAAAGUGUGGGUGAAGAUAUAAGAAAGCUAGAAAAUGGAGUUCAUGUAGUGUCGGGAACACCUGGUAGAGUUUGUGAUAUGAUCAAACGAAGAACCCUACGUACAAGGGCUAUUAAACUAUUGAUUCUUGAUGAAUCUGAUGAGAUGUUGAGCCGAGGGUUCAAAGAUCAAAUUUAUGAUGUUUACCGACAUCUUCCACCAGAACUUCAGGUUUGUUUGAUAUCUGCUACCCUCCCUCAUGAAAUAUUGGAAAUGACGAGCAAAUUUAUGACUGAUCCUAUAAGGAUCCUCGUGAAGCGUGAUGAAUUGACUCUGGAGGGAAUUAAGCAGUUUUUUGUAGCAGUUGAAAGGGAAGAGUGGAAGUUUGAUACACUAUGUGAUCUUUACGACACGUUGACAAUCACUCAAGCUGUUAUUUUCUGCAAUACAAAACGAAAGGUCGAUUGGCUAACUGAGAAGAUGCGUAGCAAUAACUUUACGGUAUCCUCAAUGCAUGGAGAUAUGCCUCAGAAGGAAAGAGAUGCGAUUAUGGCUGAGUUUCGGGAUGGUGCAACCCGUGUUCUUAUCACUACAGAUGUUUGGGCCAGGGGACUUGAUGUUCAGCAGGUGUCUCUGGUGAUCAAUUAUGACCUGCCAAACAAUCGAGAGCUUUACAUCCAUAGGAUUGGACGUUCUGGUCGAUUCGGACGAAAGGGUGUUGCUAUUAAUUUCGUGAAAAGCGAUGACAUCAAGAUUCUUAGAGACAUAGAGCAGUACUACAGUACCCAGAUCGACGAAAUGCCAAUGAAUGUCGCGGAUCUGAUAUGAGAAAUGCUUUCAUAAGUGCUUGGAUCGGAACUUGAAGGGUACGGUUGAACAUUUUCCAUGGUGUUGGUGUAAUCGAAUCAUCUAUCUAGUUGCAUAUUUGUGUGUGAUUGGGUUUGUAUGCUACGCGGAGGUCGAUUAACUGAAUGCUUGUCGUAACAGAGUAAGCAUUUAACUAUCAAAACACAGUGAUUGUCGUGCAUUUCUCUUCACUGUUGUAUGUAUUUGUAGUUGGAUUGCUCAAAUUUCUGGAGUUUUAUUUAUUAUUACCAAGAGUUUGUUAGGGAUUUUAAAGGGUUUUGAAGUCUCAUCCCACUUCUUCACCAUUUAUUUUUAUGGUUUUGGAGUUUGAAUUUGUUCA